GAGCGAGAGAGAGAGAGAGGGGCGGCGUAGCGGUGUCUGGCAUCGCACACAGAGAUCUAAACGCUAGUGAUCAAUAGUACAGCCGGGGCGGGCGUUGGAGUCAGACCCCGCUCUCCACCCACCCUCACAUCUCCGCCCCUCACGCCUCUCCUGCAGGGUGCUUGUGUUAGUAACUACAACUUCUACACCGACUGCUACUACUAGAACACCAACAACAACUACUGCAUCCCGUCUAGUAGUCCUCUGGGUGGUGGUGGUAGUGGUAGUAGGUGGUGGGGGUGGUGGUUGUUGUACUACUGCUGGUACGACUCUAAAUCUUCUAUCCUUGCAACAUCUACGACAAAACUCCUACUUCUACAACGUCUUAUGCAUGUGGUUCCUCGGUGCUUCGUGUCUGCGAGGUUAUGAAGCCUUUGAAGCCCCAACUCAAGACACAAGAAUCAAGAUACUCCACGGAAAGCUUCAAAACGCCAACUGCUUCAUUUGACUCCACAUUUCGAAGCUCCGAGACGCUCUGUAUUAUUGUUGUGUGAAUGUAUUGUUUAUGUGUGUGUGGGGGGGUGUUUUGCAAUAUUCCGUUGGUGCCAUAAUCAUGUAUUGCCGUCUUUCAUAAUCAGUUCAUUUGUUGCACUUCAUUCGCAUACAAAGUCACUUAUGCCAAAUGUCUACACUUAAGGGUUCACUCACACAUCCGAAGCCGCUUCAUAACUAGUUCGAAGCGUCACCAUCAUUGCUUCAAACGCUAUUCUUAUAUAAGUUGAUAGAAACCUCCCGCGAAGUUCACGAUGGGGCUCUCGUGUCUCUCGGCUUUGCUUGGGCUCGAGGCAAGGGUUCGAAGUCUCGUCUGAAACACGUGUGAAAUCUUAAGCCAAACCGCUAGUCAGAAAACAACGACAACAAUAACAACCGCCAUAGCAUCGUACCUGAACUAUACCCGAAGAGAGGAGGGGGAUAAGUCCGUCAGUCCGUUUUCUAUGCCCCGUGUUUUGAGGGGGCACUGAAGCCCGAGACAAUGAAGGGUAAGCAGAGCCCCAAGAAGGCCUCCAGCCCCCGCAAGGCCAAGGCCAGCCCGAGGAAGCAGCAACAGGAGAGGAAGAGGGAGGAAGAGCAGGAAGAGCAGUUGGAGGAGGAGCAGGAGCAGGAAGAGGAGGGCGAGGAGGAGGAGGUUACGCUUAUCAGCACGAAAGAUGGAAGAGGAAUGAAUAAUGGAACUGCUAAAGCGAGUGAGUCCCGCGCUGCCUCGUCCUCCUCCCCGAGCAGGAAGACCGCCAGUCCUCUGAGGGCCGGCCAGACCAAGGCUCCGGCCGGCAGCCCCCUCAAGCCCCAGCUGGGCAGCCCCGCCAGAAGUAAAGUCGCCGCCGCCAGUCCCCUCAGGAGCUUCAAGACCAAGCCUUCCUCCUCCUCCUCCUUGGAGAGCCCCGCGGCGGCCUCCUCCUCGCCAUCGUCCUCCACAUCACCCCCUGAUAAGGAUGCCAAGAAGGUCGUCAACGCCGCCGCAGGAGGAGGCGGGGGAGAUGAAGAGGUGGGAGAGAAAGCAGAGGCGUCGCAGAACAAGAGCGUGAGUAGCGGCGAGGCGGCGGCAGCGAAGGAGAAGAGGAGCCCCGCCAAGAAGACCCCGCCCAAGAGGAAAGACGGGAAGGGGGGCGGCGAGGCCAAGGCGCCGCAGGACUCCUCGGACAAGGAGAACACAGAGGCCGCCCCCUCCCGCGGCAGGGCGCGGCGGCGGGCGGCUAAGGCGGCGGGCGAGGGAGCAGCGGCCGCAGCCGCUGCUGCAGGCGGCUCGGACGCCGAGAUGGAGGUAGACGUGGAGGAUACGGACGAGGACGAGGAGGCGGAGAUAGAGGAGGAGGAGGACGACACAGAGAGUGGCGAGGAGGAGGAAGAGGAUGAGGAGGCGUCGGCGUCACCGUCGGGCAGCAAGACGUCCAGCAAGGGCGGCGCGAAGGAGCCCAGCGAGGAGCACAUCAUCGUGCUGCAGUCCUCGACGGCGGGGGCGGAGCCGGCCAAGGGUGACGGGGGCAGCGGAGGCGAGGGCGGCGGCGGCGCGGCCGGCAAGCAGAAGCGGUUCAAGUGCGGGAUCUGCGGCAAGUUGUCGUCGGCCAAGGCGGACCUGCUGAAGCACGUGCGCAUCCACACGGGCGACCGUCCCUACAAGUGCAAGGUGUGCAGCGCCACCUUCGUGCAGAUCACGGCGCUGCGCGGCCACGAGACCAUCCACACGGGCGAGAAGCCCUUCCGCUGCGACCUGUGUAACAAAACCUUCGCCCUCAAGGACCGCCUGCGCCUGCACAUGCGGGUGCACACGGGCGAGAAGCCGCACAAGUGCCCGCACUGCGAGCAGACCUUCGCGCGGCGCAGCCAGGUGACGCAGCACGCGCGCACGCACACGGGCGAGAAGGCCUACGAGUGCACGGACUGCGGCGCGCGCUUCGCCUCCUACCACACGCUGAAGGGCCACAUGCUGGCGCACCGCGGCGUCAAGGAGUUCCAGUGCGGCGCGUGCGGCAAGAAGUUCAUCCGCGUGGAGGGCAUGUACAAGCACAUCCGCACCGUGCACCGCGGCUCGCGCCCCUACACCUGCAACCUGUGCGGCAAGGCCUUCAAGGGACACCUGCAGCAGCACAUGCGCCUGCACCUGGGCAUGCGGCCCUUCGAGUGCUCCACCUGCGGCGCCACCUUCACGCAGAACUCCCAGCUCACCGUGCACAUGCGCAUCCACACGGGCGAGCGGCCCUACAAGUGCCAGAUCUGCGGCGCCGCCUUCGCCCACUCCUCGGCCUGCAAGAUCCACAUGCGUUCCCACACGGGCGAGAAGCCGUUCCAGUGCGUGCUGUGCCCGGCGGCGUUCUCCCAGCUGCCGCACCUCAAGAAGCACAUGAAGUGCGUGCACCACGCCACCAAGCCCUACCUGUGCACGCGCUGCCACGAGUACUUCCAGACGCAGAGCGAGCGCGACAACCACGAGCGCUCCAUGCACGGCGUGGGCAAGUCCGCCGAGCAGGAGGCGGAGGAGAUGGUGGAGGAGUCGGCGCUGGCGCGGCUGCGGAACCGCCUGGCCGUGCUGCUGUACCGCAUCUCCUCCGAGGAGCGCCGCUGCAAGUUUGGGUUCGGCACGCAGCUGGUGGACGACGUGCUCAAGCUGUCGCUGGAGUCCUCGGGCCACACGCCCAUCACCGACGACUCGCUCUCCCGCCUCGACGAGCUGCGCAAGAACGUGCUGCUGCUGCUCAAAUGGACCAUCCCCAAGGAGACCAUGGAGGAGUACCACCGCAACAACAUGACCGUCGACGAAGUGCUCGACAUGCUCACUUCAUAAGGGCGGGCUGCCGGGCGGGAUGGGGGCAGGGGGCGGCGGCUGGCUGUGUGCCUCCUGCUGGUGACGCCUCGCCUUGCGCCGUGCUUAGUGGCUUACUGCUUGUCUUACUCUCUCUCUCUCUCUCUCUCUCUCUCUCUCUCUCUCCGGAAGCCACAACAGUGCAGCCACUCAGGGCGCCUCAAGACGGCAUGGCGGGCGCGGUCUGUGUACUGAGGAAUGUGUACGUGCGUGUGUGUGUGUGUAUAUACGCGUCCUGUAGCGUUCACACAUACGCGGAGUGAUGGAAGGAGAAGAACAACGAAAGUGAAAUAUUUGUGCAAUGCGCCUAGAAGUAAACGUAGAGGAACCGACGAGUGAUAAACAUGAUAAAUAAUGGAAUAACGGGAGGGAGAGCUGGGAGGCGUGCAAUUCUCUCUCUCUCUCUCUCUCUCUCUCUCUCUCUCUCUCUCUCUCUCUCUCUCUCUCUCUAAUAUCUUCUUUCUUCCUUUUCUCCUCUGAAUAUUACCUGUGUUCGCAUUAUUAUUAUUAUUAUUAUUAUUAUUAUUAUUAUUAUUAUUAUUAUUAUUAUUAUUGUGACCGUACGUAUGGAUAGCAACCCACACGCUCAUGAAAAACAGUCAUACACACACUCACUCAUGUGUACUCGCUCACUCACUCACUCACUCACGCCAAUAUCAUGAUGAAUUAAUUUAUUUGUAUGUAUGUGUGUGUUCAUGUGUGUGUGUGUGUGUGUGUGUGUGUGUGUGUGUGUGUAAUACUCUAUAAGCUUAGUAUUACCAUCAUCAUCAUCAUUAUCAUCAUCAUUUGUAAUAAUAAUAAUAAUAAUAAUAAUAAUAAUAAUAAUAAUAAUAAUACUGGAAUGCAAAUAUUGACUCAUUAUUUUUAUUACUGCCAUCAUUUACUGUACUAUUAUUAUUAUUAUUAUUAUUAUUAUUAUUAUUAUUAUUAUUAUUAUUAUUAUUAUUAUUAUUAUUAUUAUUAUUAUUAUUAUAGUAUCGGUAGUAGUAAUAGUAGCGAGAAAUGAACACUUGUCAAUAUUGCCAUAAGGUGAAGGAAAACUCUGUGUAAUCGAGGCCAGUCUUGUGUUAUACCUGUAAGUACCUAAUUAAUAAGUCAUUAGGUUAAGUAAGGUGCGUAAUUAAACCCACCCCCCAAGGAAGGAAUUCAAGGGUGCCAUAGAUCGUGGAGGAUUCGUAAUUACAGGGAAACUCGUGUCCUGUAAUGAGUGUAAUUAGUGUGGAUGUAAUUACGUCAUUAAGGUUUAUAUUAUUAUUAUUUUGGAUAUAUGCAAUUAUUGUAAUGUAUAUGUGUAACUUUUUUUUUUUCUCUCUCUCUCUCCAAUCAGUGUUGCCAACCACCUAUACCUUAUCUAGUCUACCGAGGUGCCAGUGUAACGAGAACAAUCAGUGUUGCCAAUACCAUCAACCCCAAAGAGAUAGAUAGAUAGAUAUAGAUAGGCGUGUAGGAAGAUAGAUAAAGAUAGGUUUGUAGAUGAGUAGAUAGGUAGACAGAUAGAUAGAUACUUAAACACAUUGAUAGAUAAAUAGAUUGUCAGAUAAGGAAAUAGAAUGAAGUACUGAGAUAGACUUGAUAGAUAGAUAGAAUGAAGUACGUACUGAGAUAGACUUGAUAGAUAGAUAAGUAGUUACAAAUAGAUAGAUAGACAGAUGACUAAGGACAUUAAUAGAUAGAUAAAUAGAUUUGCAGAUAGACAACUAGCUAAAGUAAUAGAAAGAUACAGUGACGGAUAGAUUCAAGAGUACACCGAUAGAUAAAUAGAUAGUUUUGUAAGUAAUAGAUCAUACACAGAUAGGCUGAUGUAAUAGAUAGAUAGAUAGAUUGAUAGAUAAUGUUUGUGUGUUCUAGUCCCCAUUAAUGUGUUUGUUGGUGCUUUUUAAAGGGCAAUAUGUUUGUUUGUUUGUUUGUGUGUCUGUUUAUUGCAUGAUGCUGAUGAUUAUAUGUUGCUGUUCUCUCUCUCUCUCUCUCUCUCUCUCUCUCUCUCUCUCUCUCUCUCUCUCUCUCUCUCUCUCUCUCUCUCUCUCUCUCUCUCUCUCAUAU